AUGAACCCAAACCGCUGGUCGUCGCUGAGCGUUUCAGGUUCCGGAAAUGUGUUCAGAAGACAAAGGAAACGGUCAGUCAGUUCUCUGCUGAGUUGUGAUUUCGGAGACCGUCUGGAUGAAGCUCUGCGCGACGGGUUUGUCAGCGGUGUCCGUGCCGAGGCGUGCCAGCGGAAAUUGCUCUCCAUGGAUGGUCUCACUUUUUCUAGGGCCCUCGAAGUCGCGCUCAACAUGGAAACAGCCCAGCGGGAUGCGCAACAGCUGAGACACAGCGAUGAUGCAUCCGUCUCUGUUCACAAGGUAGAACAAAGGGCUAAGCGUUUAACACACGUGGAAUGCCACAGGUGUAAAGGCAAAAACCAUAAUGCCAGGGACUGUUAUUUUAAGAACAGUCCUUGCCAUUCAUGUGGGAAGCUGGGACAUAUCCGAAAGGCGUGUAGGGCCAGUGAAUCGGUGUAUAACAAAAAGGGGGCGCAGAGGCAAAGCAAACGACAAGUCACGAGCUAUGUGCAUGCAGAAGAGGAAGUGGAAGCCGGAGCAGUGCUUAGCGUAAAUGAAAGGGAUGGGCAGGCAUUCAAAGUAAAUUUUGAAGUAAAUAAAGAAUAUCUUCCGAUGGAAAUAGACACGGGGGCGGCUAUCAGCAUAAUCUCAGAGGCUGUAUACAAAAAGACUUUUGCACAUGUACCGCUAGAGGGCAGUAAUGUCACGCUGAAGACUUACACGGGCCAAGCUAUUCCAGUAAAAGGGCAGUUUACUGUCAGAGUUACUUAUGGAGAUCAAUCUGCUGACCUGCCCCUAGUUGUAGUACAAGGGAAUGGACCUUCACUUUGUGGCAGGAAUUGGCUAAAAAAAAUUAAAUUGGACUGGAAAACAAUCAAAAGGGUCAGUCAAAAUGCAAAAAUGCCGGCACCUAAAGCACUUUCUGAGGUGCUGGAGCGAUAUAGUCAUGUGUUUCAGGACGAACUUGGAACAUUAAAGGACAUCAGGGCAGUGAUUUCGGUGAAGCCCAAUGCAAUUCCAAAAUUUCAUAAGGCCCGCCCCCUGCCGUUUGCGAUGAAAGCAAGAGUGGAAAGAGAGCUAGAAAGGCUGGAGAAGGAGAAUAUCAUCUCCCCAAUAAAGCACAGUGAGUGGGCUGCUCCAGUAGUGCCUGUGGUUAAACGAGAUGGCACAAUCCGUUUGUGCGGCGACUACAAAGUAACUGUGAACCAGGCUACUAACGCUGACGUAUAUCCCCUACCGCGUAUAGAAGAGGUGUUGGCAACACUCAGUGGGGGAAAGUUGUUUUCAAAAAUAGAUUUAGCCUCAGCAUACCAGCAAGUGCUACUUGAUGAAGAUUCAAAGAAAUACACAACUAUCAAUACCCAGAAAGGUUUAUUUGUUUACAAUCGCCUUUGUUUUGGGGUCAACUCUGCUGUCAGUAUAUUCCAGAGGAUUAUGGAAAACUUGAUGAAGAACCUCAAUGUCGUGGUUUACCUAGAUGAUCUCCUGGUGAUGGGGAAAGAUGAGGCCCAGCAUCUAAAGAACCUGGACAACGUCUUACGUCGAUUACAAAAACAUGGACUGAGGGUUAAAAAGUCUAAAUGUGAGUUUGGCAAGACCCAGGUUGAAUAUCUAGGUCAUGUGCUGGACGGAAAAGGAGUGUACCCAUCUAAGGACAAAGUGAGAGCCAUACAUGAGGCACCAGCACCUACUGAUGUCAAGGAAUUACGUGCUUUCCUGGGGCUGGUGAACUACUACGGCCGUUUUGUGCCACGGCAGAGCACUGUGCUCUCACCUCUCUACAGGCUCCUGAAAGAGCAAACCACCUGGAAAUGGGGUAAACCUGAACAGGACUCAUUCAACAAAUGUAAAGAACUUUUGACUAGUGAUAAAGUGUUAGUACACUACGACCCAAACUUACCACUCACCCUUGCAUGUGAUGCGUCUGCUUACGGGAUUGGAGCAGUGAUUCAACACACAGCUCCUAAUGGGGAAGAACGCCCAAUAGCUUAUGCUUCUCGAACACUGUCUCCCGCAGAAAAAAAAUACUCCCAAAUAGAGAAGGAAGCACUGAGUCUAGUGUAUGGUGUGAAAAAGUUUCACCAGUACCUGUGGGGGCGGCAGUUUAAUUUGGUCACAGACCAUAGGCCCCUAUUGACACUGUUUGGGGAAAAUAAGGGACUUCCGACAAUGGCAGCAGCACGGAUACAGAGAUGGGCUAUCAUAUUGUCUGCAUAUGACUACCAUAUAGUCUACCAGCAGUCAGGCAAACAUGGAAAUGCCGACGGGUUGUCACGGGUCCCUUUGUCAGAGACCACAGAUGCAGGAACCGAGACAAUGUCAGCUUACAUCGAUGCGCUAAUUUGUGAACAUCUAGAGGGGGUACCACUGACCGCUAAACAGAUUGCUAGAGCAACAAGAAAAGACAAAGAACUUUCAAGAUUGUACAGGUACAUCAUGGAAGGAUGGCCAAGGGAAAUUCCUGAUGAGAUGAAAGUGUAUCACAGAAAGAGAGAUGAACUGUCAGUGGAGCAAGGUUGUGUCCUAUGGGGCACUAGAGUGGUCACACCUAUGCGACUUAGAACAGCAGUACUUAGAGAGAUCCAUGGUGGGCACCCCGGCAUAGUAAGAAUGAAGUCCAAUGCUAGACAAUAUGUUUGGUGGCCUAGCAUUGAUUCGCACAUUGAAAAAGUCUGCAAAGAAUGUGAAACGUGCCAGCUUGAACAACACAUGCCACGCUCAGCUCCGCUACACCCCUGGGAGUUCCCAGGGGAUGUCUGGAAAAGGCUUCAUAUUGAUUUUGCAGGACCGUUCUUGGGCGGCAUGUUUAUGGUGGUGGUUGAUGCGUUCUCAAAGUGGUUGGAGGUGUACAGAAUGGCACACGCGACUUCCACAGCCACCAUCACAAGAUUAAAGAGAUUAUUUGCAGCGUAUGGAGUACCAGAGCAAAUUGUCACAGACAAUGCUACAACUUUUAUGUCGGAUGAAUUUCAGCAGUUCGUAAGGAGGAAUGGAAUCCUGCACACAACAGGUGCUCCGAGGCACCCAGCCAGAAAUGGCUUAGCAGAAAGGUAUGUCUCCACCUUUAAAACCGGAAUGAAGAAGCUCAUGAGAGAGGACCUCAGCAUGGAAGACAAGAUUUCCCACUUUUUGCUGUGGUAUCGCACGACCCCUAACAGCACGACUGGUGAGUCACCUGCUGAUUUGUUCUUAAAGAGGCAUGUUAGAACCAGACUGGACUUUUUAAAACCAAGCAUUGGAGAGACAGUGAGGAGAAAGCAGUACCGGCAAAAGGAAGAACAUGACCGGCAUGCCACUGAGUGACAGUUUGGCGUGGCCGACAAAGUAUAUCUGCGUAAUACUGCUGGGGGGACGCCGAGAUGGAUUCCAGGAGUGGUCAAGCUGCAGACGGGACCUGUGUCAUACAGGGUG